CACAGACACGCCUUUUUCGCAACUGCCGGUUGCAUCAGCCAAGCUCUGGGGUCCUCGGCGGGCUGUCCUUUUCCUUGCCUGAGCCAACUCCCGAUUAAGCCUGAGGCAAGCCUGAGGACUGGGAAGAGGCGGAAAGGAGAAAUCCCGUUCCUAGGCAUUUCCCGGCACCGUCUUGGCGACACUGACAAAAACCCUGUGUCGUUCGAAGAAGGGUCAGGCAGGUUCAGCAGUCUCCUAACUUCCUUUCAGGCAAGAUGGCGGGGGAUGAGGCGGGAGUGACUCUGGGGCAGCCGCAUCUCUCCCGACAAGACUUGAGUACCUUGGAUGUUACUAAGUUGACACCUCUGUCACCUGAGGUCAUCAGCAGGCAAGCUACAAUAAAUAUAGGUACGAUUGGUCAUGUAGCUCAUGGAAAGUCAACUGUAGUAAAGGCUAUUUCUGGAGUUCAUACUGUUAGAUUCAAAAAUGAACUAGAAAGAAAUAUCACCAUCAAGCUGGGCUACGCCAAUGCUAAGAUUUAUGAACUUGAUGAUCCAAGUUGUUCUCGGCCAGAGUGUUACCGUUCAUGUGGGAGCAGUACGCCUGAUGAAUUCCCUACAGAUAUUCCUGGGACCAAAGGGAAUUUUAAACUAGUCAGGCAUGUCUCCUUUGUGGAUUGUCCUGGCCAUGAUAUCUUGAUGGCUACUAUGUUGAACGGAGCAGCUGUCAUGGAUGCAGCUCUGCUGUUAAUAGCUGGCAAUGAGUCAUGUCCUCAACCCCAGACCUCAGAACAUUUAGCUGCUAUAGAAAUUAUGAAACUGAAACAUAUUCUAAUUCUACAAAAUAAGAUUGAUUUGGUAAAAGAGAGCCAAGCCAAGGAACAGUAUGAGCAAAUUCUAGCAUUUGUACAAGGUACUGUUGCAGAAGGAGCCCCAAUUAUUCCAAUCUCAGCACAGUUAAAAUACAACAUAGAAGUUGUUUGUGAAUAUAUAGUAAAGAAAAUUCCGGUGCCCUUAAGAGACUUCACAUCAGAACCAAGGCUUAUAGUUAUUAGAUCUUUUGAUGUCAACAAGCCUGGAUGUGAAGUUGAUGACCUGAAGGGGGGCGUAGCUGGUGGUAGUAUUCUAAAAGGUGUAUUAAAGGUAGGCCAGGAGCUUGAAGUGAGACCUGGAAUUGUUUCAAAGGACAGUGAAGGAAAACUUAUGUGCAAGCCCAUUUUUUCCAAAAUUGUAUCCCUUUUUGCAGAACACAAUGAUCUGCAAUAUGCUGUACCAGGAGGCCUUAUUGGUGUUGGCACCAAGAUUGAUCCAACUUUGUGUCGAGCUGAUAGAAUGGUGGGACAAGUUCUUGGUGCAGUUGGAGCACUCCCUGAAAUAUUCACAGAGCUUGAAAUCUCCUACUUCUUGCUUAGGCGACUGUUAGGUGUCCGUACUGAAGGAGACAAGAAAGCUGCAAAGGUGCAAAAGCUAUCAAAGAAUGAAGUUCUAAUGGUAAACAUAGGGUCACUGUCUACUGGAGGACGAGUCAGUGCUGUGAAGGCUGACCUGGGUAAAAUAGUGCUAACAAACCCUGUAUGCACAGAAGUAGGAGAAAAAAUUGCCCUUAGUCGAAGAGUUGAGAAACACUGGCGUUUAAUUGGCUGGGGACAGAUUAGAAGAGGAGUGACAAUCAAGCCCACAGUGGAUGAUGACUGAAUAGCAAAUGUAGCCCUUCAUUUGGUGAAAGAUGAAGUGCACAACUCCAUAUAUCUGGGCCUUUUUUCAGUGUGGCAUUUGUUGCGCAAUUAAAUCUAUCCUUAUUAAAACUCUGUUCAUUAUCUGCAAUAAAACUAAACAAAUUGGCAGAUGGAUUUAAUUAUCCACAUUUUAGCAAAACUAAACUUCUCAUGUUUAAUUUAUAUAUGAAGCUCUAUUUGGGGGCUGGCUUAUCUAAUUUUAAACAAUGUAACAGAAUACCCCACUAUCUGUUUUGAAAUAAAAUUGCUUAUUUUUUCAUUUAAUUCUUACAAGUACUUGAGUGACACAAAGCUGACAGGAUUGUUGAACUAGUGAAAGAAUUUAAAAAGAAAAAAAAUAAAUGCUCCUUGGAAGAUCA